AUGCUCUUAGGUGCUUUCGUUACAUGGGCUUGGAUCCCAGAAGUUCAAUAUCCUCGACGGUACGACAGCAAACGGGAACGCGAUGAGAACGUAACUGAUGACGGAAUCGACAUGGAAAACGAGACCUUCAGGCAGAAGCUCAAGUUCGCAAAUCGGCCAUUGUUAGACAUCGCUCAAAAUCCGGGGGAUGGUCAAAUACUAGGAAUGAGACACAAUAUUUCACGACCAUUCAGGGCAACGCAGACGCGUGUUAUAGACAAAGCGAGACGAAGGCGUUCAACAGCCGCAACUGAUCCAAGGACGGAUUUGGUAGACGAGCAUGAUCACGUCCAUGAGGCAAUUGAUGCUAGACAAGACGAAGCCGAUGUUGGGGACGGGUUAGGAACGAGAUGUGGGCGCUAUGAAUGA